AUGACCUCCACCUUCUCGUCUCGCUCGAUCUCCAGGUCCGUGAGGUCCUCCGGCUCCACCAUCAGGAAGGGUAGCAGCGUGUACGGAGGAGCAGGAGGCUCCGAGGUCCGCAUCUCCUGCGCUUCCAUGGGUGGAGGCUACCUUUCCUCCGUCAACCACGGCGUGGACGACAGCCUCAUCGGCAACGAGAAGUUCGCCAUGCAGAACCUGAAUGACCGCCUGGCCACCUACCUGGCCAAGGUGCGCGCCCUGGAGAAGGCCAACGGCGAGCUGGAGCUGAAGAUCAAGCAGUUUGUGGAGAGCAAGGUCGGUCCCAAGUCCAGGGACUACAGCGCCUUCUACGCCACCAUCGCUGACAUCACUGCCAAGAUCCAGGACGCCGUCAAGGUGAACGGAGCCGUCCAUCUCAGCAUCGACAACGCCCGCCUGGCCGCAGACGACUUCAGGAGCAAGUUCGAGAACGAGUUCGCCAUGCGUCAGUCGGUGGAAGCCGACAUCGCCGGGCUGAAGAGGGUCCUGGAGGAAAUGAAACUGGCCAAGGCCGACCUGAGCCUGCAGAUCGAAGGUCUGAAGGAGGAGCUGAUCUUCCUCAAGAAGAACCACGAGGAGGAGCUGCUGGCGAUGCGAGCUCAGAUGAGCGGUCAGGUCCACGUGGAGGUGGACGCCGCUCCAGCACAAGACCUCAACAAGAUCAUGGCCGAGAUCAGAGAGCACUACGAGGCCAUCGCCGCCAAGAACCAAAAAGAGCUGGAGAGCUGGUUCCACACGAAGACGGAGACUCUGAACAAAGAGGUGAUCACUCAGACGGUGGACCUGAAGACGUCCAAGACGGAGGUCACGGAGGUCAAACGGACGCUGCAGUCUCUGCAGAUCGAGCUGCAGUCCACGCUGAGCAUGAAAGCGUCGCUGGAGGCCCGGCUGGCUGAGACACAGAGCCGCUACAGCAUGCAGCUCUCCGGAUACCAGACGCAGGUGACCAUGCUGCAGGAGCAGCUGGUGCAGCUCAGGGCCGACCUGGAGCGCCAGGGACACGAGUACAAGAUGCUGCUGGACAUCAAGACCAGGCUGGAGCUGGAGAUCGCCGAGUACAGGAGGCUGCUGGACGGAGAGGCCAGCGGCAGCGUCAUAAGCUCCUCCUCCUCCACGACCACUAAGACCAAGCGAACGGUGAUGGUAGUGGAAGAGGUGGUUGAUGGGAAGGUGAUCUCCUCCUCCUCCUCCACUUCCUCUGCCUCGGCCACCAUCCACUGAGCUGCUGCAGAGGGCGACAGCCAAUCAUCAGCAUCAUCAUCAUCAUCAUGGUUCACUGACGUUUGAAACAAUAAAACGAGAGUUCAAAUUAA